GUGCGCGCCCACCCCUCCUCAGCGCUGUACUCCGGACGACAUCACGCUGCGCCAGCAGUGGCAGCUCUCUCUCUCCGGUGAAGAUGGCUUCGUCUGUUUGGAAAGGUCUGGUCGGUGUCGGGCUCUUAGCGUUGGCUCAUUCGGCAUUUUCAGCGGCUCAGCAUCGGUCCUAUAUGCGACUAACGGAAAAGGAGAAUGAAACACUACCGAUCGAUAUUGUCCUUCAGACACUGCUGGCCUUUGUAGUAACUUGUUAUGGCAUUGUACAUAUUGCGGGGGAAUUUAAAGACAUGGACGCUACGUCAGAGCUGAAAAACAAGACUUUUGACACGCUGAGAAAUCAUCCUUCGUUCUACCUUUUUAACCACCGGGGCAGAGUGCUUUUCCAGCCCCCUGAGACCACCCCCGUCCCCAGGCAGCAAGCGCUGAACUGCAACCCGCUGAGGUUACGGAAACUAGAGCAUCACUGAGACUUCCUUCCUUCCACCUUUCUGUAUUAAAUAUUAAAAUCUAACUCUCCGGGGUGUAAAAAAAAAAAGAGUAUCUGCUUUAAAAAAAAAAAAAAAAUCUUCCAUUACUUACCUUAUAGUUGAUGUGUUUUUGUUUUGUUUUUUAUUUAGACUGUGCUAACUCCUUUGCGUGGGGGAGGGAGGGGGUUGUCCUGCUUGUAUUAGUCCCACAUAAAAGUAAAUUAAAGUGACUGAACCAAGUCAGGGAUCUGUGAUCUAAUGAUCCCCUGCCCUCUGCUCUAAUCAAACUGCCUGCUCAACACGUGUUGUUCGAACCUUAGGCUACUGAACAUUUUUGUCUGCCUUGCUGUUAAGACUGUGAGGUAUUUAAGGAUUUUUUUUUUUUACACCCUGCUAAGCAAAUGUGAUAAGAUACAGUACAAGAUGUAUAACUUAUUUAGUGACAGUAUUUAUACAUUGCUGUGCAGGAUUUUGUAAUACAGUAGUUGAGAAAAAUUAAUAAAUCAUCUUCAUUGGAAAUGAAACAAUAAAACAUGCAUUUGUGAUAUUGGGAAAUAGCAAUUUAAUAUUGCUAAUAAAUUAUGGGGUAAUAUAAACUAAGGAAACUUUCAUACAUUUUAAAAGCCAAUACUGCAGGUCAUUUUCUGUUCCAUGUUUGUUAUGUACAAAAGAAAAAAUAUGCAUCAAAUCAUUUUUAACUUAAUAAAGUCUGUUUUGAAAAUGUG